UAGUUCAACCAUAGCAAUGUUGACCAAGGAGCAGCUUUAUCUAAACCUCAGCGGCUCUCCUACAAAUACCACAUUCUAUGGUGUGAACUACAAACCUAUCUUAAGCCAACCUACAUUGGAGAUGGCUGAAGAGACAGAACUUCUGGAAUUUAAUCCAAGGCAAAGGGUGAAGCAGCAGAUUUCAGUUCCAUUUCUGUGGGAGCUGAAACCUGGCACACCCAAAAGGGAGUGGAUUUCCAAUCCUACCUCCUUGAUCUCAUUUCCAUCUCCAGCGAAACUUGUUGUGAGUGUACCCUUCCAAUGGGAGGAAGAACCUGGGAAACCGCUCGCCCAGUUGCCUCAGAAUUUCCCGGCAAUUUUCGGUGAUCUCUCUCCAUCCACUCACUCUCUGAACCCUUUUGUGGAUGAAGAAAGGUUUGAUCCGGAGUUCGGUGCUUUUAAUGCCGAGGACAGGGAUUAUUCUCCAGGGUUUGAUCUUGAGGGUUUUGCUUUUGAAGUCAAUAAUAACCAAGCACCCAGAGCUGAUCCUGUCCUUAACAAUUCACUUUCAAUUGUUGCUGCUAGUGGUUUCACUUUUCAGGAAAGUCUGUGCCAAGGUGGCUCGAGCUGGCACGAGAACUGGCACUCCAUGUCGGAGACUGAUGCCUACAGCAGCAGCUCGACCAGCUCAGCAGCACAGAAUGGCGGCACAGAUGCUUUGGUUCUGGAUUUCGUUUUCCCUGUUUCCCUUCCAGAAGAAGGUUUUCUUAACAAGGUUCGCAGGCAAGAUGGAGCUGCUGCUGAUUUCUGUAAGAACACUUGUGAUGACAAUCCGAGGCCUUUGGCGAGGAGGACCCUGACUCUUGGAGAACUCAUAAUGCUUAGCCGCAAACUGAGCUACAAAAGGAAGCCACUUGUUGUCAAGAAGAAAAGCCUCUCUGCGCAGGAAUUCAUAAGAGAGGGUCUUGUCACAUGCUUCCCCUUCAGCCGCCACAGGACCAAUGGUAACAUAAACUCCAAAUUUAUCGGAGACUCAUGCGAGCAGAUGAGUACGAAAAAGGAUGACAGUCAUACUACAAGUUGCUUUUCUGUUUGAUAGUCUGUAAGCAAAAUGAUGGCUCCUUGGUAAAGGAUUGCAGAUUGAGCACUAUUACCCCCAUGUUAUAUUGUACCAAUAUAGCAAUACUCAGAAAACAAAAAAUGAGCAACAUACUUUUCAAUAGGCUAUGUAAUACAUUGGCAGCUCUUGUAAUCUGCUUGUUUACAAAGCAUAGUGAAAGCCAUUCAGGCACUCUACUAUGCAUCCAGGAGUUGAAAUUAAUCUUAGCCACAU